AUGGCUCAGCGACUCUGGUUGCCAGCAGUUGUUGCUGAUCUCUCGCUUCUCAACAUCGCGGCCGCUCUUUGCAUACUCCUCGGCGUUGGCUUUGUGCUGUACGAAACAGGACGAUGGGCUGCCAGAAUCCCGAAGUUUGAUGGACCGCGUGGACUGCCCAUUGUGGGUAAUCUGUGGCAGAUCAGAAACGAAAGUGCUCCAGAGAAGUAUCGUGUCUGGUCUGAGAAGUACGGUGGGCUAUACCAGAUACAACUCGGCCAUAUCCUGAUGACCAACCAUUUCGCCUUGAUCAAAGAGAUCCUCAGGUUCGCAUGGGUGUACUCGAUCGCUCGAUUAUCGCUGCCACGCCGCACCAUCCGAGACCUCAUGUACGAGGAGAAGUUGGUCCCCGAAGGAACAAUCAUGUUCCUGAACGCGUGGGCGUGCAACAGGGACCCUGCCUUAUGGGACGAUCCAGAAGUCUUCCGUCCGAAGCGUUGGCUCGAGAAGCCCGAGACGCCAAUGUUCACGUUCGGCGUGGGGUCCAGGAUGUGCAUCGGCAAUCAACUCGCAUACCGAGAGCUCUACGUCGUGUUUACCCGGAUGCUGAAGAGCUUCAAGAUUGAGAAGUCGGGUGUCGUUGAGAGUCAUCCACUACGCGGUGUGGAGAAUCAUGGCGCUUUGACGACGCAGCCCAAAGAGUACGAGGUCAAGUUCAUUCCGCAUAACUUGGCAGCGUUACGGAGGGCGUUGGAGUAG